AUGUCAACAACACCGCCAUCGACCUUGACGAGCACGAGGGAAGCUUACUCUGGAACACCGCCUGGCCAUGUUCCCCUCAGCAAUACCUUUGACUGGUGUUUCAGUCAGCCCUUUUCGUCUGCGAACGACUACACCCCUCAAGCUCAAGUAUUGGACAAGAUCGAGGAUGAGAGGCCAAUCUUUGUGGACAAUGCUUCAGACCGCAAACUCACCUUUGGCCAAAUGAGAAGCGAUGCCCUUGCCCUCGCCGCCGGUCUGCUGAGUCUGGGUCUCAACCCCAGCGAUAUCAUCAAACUCCCACCAACACCGACCUGCCCGCAAGGGCCCGAGAUCGCCCCAAUCGUCCUUAUCCAGCUUCCCAACUCACUUGCUUUUGCGCCCGUGCUCCUGGGAACGCUGGCCGCCGGACUCACCGCAACGCUGGUCUCGCCCGCCCUUACGAGCGAUGAAAUCGCUUGGAUCCUCCAAAACUCUCGGCCACGAGCCAUCAUCACGGCCAAAGCCUGUCUCGGCGCCAUGCGCGAGGCGCUGGAGAAGCAGGAGCCGCGAGACCGAGCCUUCUUUGACGCCGUGCCCAUCUUCACCUUUGAUGCAGCCAAGGACCACUACCCUUCUGUAUCGUCAUCGUCACCGCCUACCUCUGACUGGAAGGUCCUCCUGCGCUCUUCCCGAGCAACAGUGGUCCCCUCCUCCUUCCUUCCCUCUUCCGCCUCCCCCGCUCGCACAGCCGUCAUUCUCUGGUCCUCCGGCACCUCCGGCCGAUCCAAGGGCGUCCUCCUCUCUCACCACGCGCUCAACUUCUCCGGCGCGCACAUGUGGCACGACGCAUCCGACUACCACUCUCUUGCAAAGGUCCGGCAGCAACGCUGGCUUGGCUACGUACCCUUCUACCAUGUCUUCGGUCUCUGUAACAUCGUUUUGCUCGCCAUCAUGACAGGCAGCACCGUGUACGUGAUGCCGUCCUUCAGUCUCGACGGCAUGCUCGCCGCCAUCCCGAAGAGGAAGAUCACGUACCUGCACAUGGCGCCGCCCAUUGCCGUGAUGUUGGCCAAGGCUCCUGUAGUCGAGAAAUACGCCAAGCGCGACCCGAAGACGGGUAAGAACGGCUUCAGCUCCAUCGUGGCAGCCGUCACGGGCGGCGCUCCCCUCGGACACGAGGUGGUCGUGGAGGUGUACAAGCGGUGCGGGUUCAGAGUCAGGCUGGGCUACGGACUGAGCGAGACGUGCAGCACCUCGCUGCAGCGCGGCACGAGCGAGAAGGAGAUGGUGGAGCAGGCGGGCGAGACGGGCGUGCCGCAUUGGGGCGUCGAGGUCAUGAUUGCUGAUAUGGAUGUGCCCGCUCCGGGGCUAGUGGACGGGAAAACCAAGGCGGCGAGGAUAGGGCAGGAAGGGGAGAUUUUGAUUCGGUCGCCGACGCUGCUUAACGCGUAUCUGCCCGUGGGCAUGUUCAGGACCCCUAAGGGUCAGGAGCCGGAUAUGUCGGUCACGAGGGAGGCGCUGACGGCUGAUGGGUGGUUCCGCACAGGCGACGUGGGCACUAUCAGUGCGCAGGGAAGGCUCCGGAUCACGGACCGGCUGAAGGAGCUGAUCAAGGUGCGCGCAUACCAGGUUGCGCCGGCGGAGCUGGAGGCCGUGUUGUGCAGCAGCCCGUCGGUGGCGGAUGCGGGCGUGGUGGGCGUGUAUGACGAGUCGGAGGCGACGGAGUGGCCGAGAGCAUAUGUGGUUCCGCACAAGCCGGAGGCGCUCGAGAAUAAGAUGGAGCUAGAAAAACUGGCGCAUGAACUCAGGGUUUUGGUGGAAAAGAGGACAACCAAGUAUAAGUGGCUUAUGGGAGGCGUGAUGUUUGUGAAGCAAAUCCCCAAAAGCCCUAGUGGGAAAAUCUUAAGGAGGGUCUUGAAGAGUGGUGGGGAGGACACCAAGGGGGUGGAGAUUCAGGUUUAUCAGAAGAAGAAGAGGGGAGCUGCUGCUGCUUCGAAGCUAUAAGGUCCCCAGUGUUCAAUGGUUAUGAUGCCACCCAUCCCUACUGGAUAGGAAAGAGAGACUAUGUUGGCAUGCUGAAUCAUUUUGUGGAAAUGAAAUUUAACGAACUAAGUAGAGUACCUCUAGGUAGAAUUCAACACUUUUCGAGUCCUGACGAACAUCUGAUUCACACAAAUCGCACUUAACAUUUCUUAUUUCCCCUUUCUUGGCAUGAACACUAUGGUUCCGUUCUCAUAGUGAUUUUUCCUACUCUUGAGGUCUUCCGCUCAUUC